CGGACCGAUCCUCGCCGCGGGAGGCGAGCGGAGCGGGGCGUUUCUGCGGGGGAGAAGCGCGUCCCUGCAAUUUCUGAGAGAGGGGAGGCGGCGAGUGGAAAAGAGCAGGCGUUGCUAUCCUAUCUUGCUGACACAGCGGCGGUGUGGCGAGGCGCAUGGCGAGGGCGCGCGGUGGCGCCGCGUGGUGGGUGCUGGCAGCGGCGUGGGUGCUGUGGGCGGCUGCGGCUGCGGCGGAGGCGGAGGCCAGGUCGCCGUCGGCGAGGAGGGUGCACCGGCACCUCAAGCGCCUCAACAAGCCGGCCGUCAAGAGCAUCGAGAGUCCAGAUGGAGACAUCAUCGACUGCGUGCAUAUCUCCCACCAGCCAGCGUUUGAUCAUCCUCUCCUCAAGAACCACACAAUACAGUUUAGGCCGGCGUACCACCCUGAAGGUCUAUACGAUGAUACCAAGAGCAGCAUAGGCUCAAACAAUGCUGGCGAGAGGCCGAUGCUCCAGAUGUGGCAUCGAAAUGGCAGGUGCCCCGAGGGCACGGUUCCAAUCAGGAGAACCAAGAAGGACGACCUGCUUCGAGCUAGCUCCGUGAGGCGGUAUGGCAGGAAGCGGCACACUGCUCCGAACCCACUGUCUGUUGAUCCCAACAUGCUCAGUGAGGGUGGCCACCAACACGCCAUUGCGUACGUCCAGGGCGACAAGUACUAUGGUGCAAAGGCUACCAUUAAUGUGUGGGAGCCCAAGAUUCAGCAGGCUAACGAAUUUAGCCUGUCCCAGCUCUGGAUCUUGGGGGGUUCAUUUGGGGAGGAUCUCAACAGCAUAGAGGCUGGCUGGCAGGUUAGCCCUGACCUCUAUGGAGACAACAACACCAGGCUGUUCACAUAUUGGACUAGUGAUGCAUACCAAGCCACAGGUUGCUACAACAUGUUGUGCUCUGGUUUCAUUCAGAUAAACAGCGAGGUUGCCAUGGGGGCUAGUAUCUUCCCCAUCUCGAACUACGCGGGCUCCCAAUAUGAUAUUAGCAUCCUGAUCUGGAAGGACCCCAAGGAAGGAAACUGGUGGAUGCAGUUUGGCAAGGAAUACGUCCUGGGCUACUGGCCGUCCUUCCUCUUCUCCUACCUCGCGGACAGCGCGUCGAUGAUCGAAUGGGGCGGGGAGGUGGUGAACUCGGAGCCCGACGGCACGCACACAUCGACCCAGAUGGGCAGCGGGCACUUCCCGGAGGAAGGGUUCAGCAAGGCGAGCUACUUCAAGAACGUUCAGGUGGUGGACAGCAGCAACCAGCUCAGCGCCCCCAAGGGCGUGGGCACCUUCACAGAGCAGUCCAACUGCUACGACGUGCAGAACGGUAACAAUGGGGACUGGGGCACCUACUUCUACUACGGCGGCCCUGGCAAGAACUCGAACUGCCCGUGACUGGUGCUUCUAAUGUGUAGUGUGAAGUGCCGUCACCAUUAGCAAAAUGUAACCCAAGCGUUCAGGUUCGCUUAUACAGCGUCAAUCUGCAUCUCCUUGUUCAGUCCUAGCUAGGUAGUGUGUAACAUGUGCAUGUGCUCUCUAGACUCUAAUGUUUUCUUCUUCUUUUCAUUGUAUUUUGUUCUUGUGCCAUGUAAAGUUUCUGAAGAGAAGGAGCAUGGCUUGAGGCUGCGGUGGGUGGUUGGGCUGGUCGGUGGUGACCUCUACUGAUUUUUGCGAAGUCUGCUUAUUGGUC